AUGUCACUUUAUGAAGACUUUGGACAUGAAAAAUAUAAGUUGUUGGAGCUCACACCUGAACUUGUAGAGCAAAUCAAAGCAGGCAAGAGUCUGGAGCUGAAAUCCGAAACGCCAUCUUCCACAUUAAUGCUAUGCACAGAAGACAAGACAUUUAGAAUACGUGAAGCGCAUCAUUCUAACUCUUUGUUUGUGUCGACCACAGACGUCUCACAUAGCGAGGCUUAUAAGGAUUGCAACCCUGAUGCCAUUAUUCUUUUAGAUAAUAUCCCAGCAUUAUGGGAAAUUGCGCCAGCCGACGAAAGUCAAAUUUAUCUACCUAGUGAUAUCCCCAUCUACAAAGGAUCAGAGGAAAAUCACGAAAAAAUUGAAUCUAAAGGAACCACUCUAUUAGAUGUCCGUGCCAAGGCUGCGAUAUCACAGAAACAGUUUGAUGACUUGUGGAGAGAGAAUGGAGGAGUGGAAAUUGAGGAUAAGAAGAAUAAUAAAUCUACUGCAUAUUUACUUGACAGCUCAGUUAUAGCCAAAGUCAUGAAUUUGAUAUUAGGAACAAUUGAAACCACUUCGGAGUUAAGCCUAGAUAAAGUCUCUAUUGCCGCUUUACAUGAAGGUAUGAGAAAUUUUGCAGGAAAACGAAGUGAUGAACCAUACACAGUGGUUGAAAGUGUUGUGAGAAAGUUUUCCAAAGAAGAGAAUGUGCCAUAUUCGUUAAAUAUUUCAGAGAUUAUUCACUGGUAUGGUAUCAACACUUUAAAGGAGCACCAGGGACAAAUGCUAGUUGAAAGAGAUUUUUUGGAAAUGUGGAGACAAUCGCUUCCUGUUAACGUUAUGGAUCCAUUAAAACUGGAAAGUUUGACUGGAAAUUUCAUUAAUAUGGAUGGAGGGAAAGUGACAUUUUUUACCAAAACUAGUUUACCAAACGAUCCCAAAGAGCGUAUCAACCAGUUGCUAAAUAUUAAGCCUAACUGGGAAUUAUCUGAGAUCCUACCAUUUAUUCAAGAUAUUAUUCCAAAGACGAGCAAAGUGGAGAGUUUUAUUAUGAAAUUUGCAAGGAAAAAAACAGUUGGAAAGAAAAUAAUCAUUUCUAAGCGGUAG